GCUCGUCUGGGCGAGCCCCAUCUCCGGACCGGCGGAGCUGCGCCAGCGCGGAAGUAACGCGGGUGAGGGAUUCGGCGCCUGGAAAUAUGGGUCACAUCCCUGCGUUUGUCUCCUUGACGGUUGUCUUCCGCCUCAUUGCCGCCAGCCUGCUGGACUCCCUCGAACCCCUGCCCGUCGUGGCCUCCAGUAUCCCAGAGAUCGCCAACAGCUUCCCAAACGGGGCAGACUGGACGCACCCCCCACGAGCCGCAAUGCACCGCCGCCGACACGGCCCCAACCGUCACGGGCGGGCCCACCAGCGAGGGAUGCCGUCUAAGGCUCGUAGCGCCGGGGAAGGAGCUGGCCCACAGCUCCUAAGCUGGUCCGCUUUGGAGGAUCCGGGAUGGAGGGAACGUCCUGCCGGCCUCCGGCAGAAGGAUGUUUUCCUGGGGUUUGAGUUUCCGUACCUGGAGCAGGAAAACCAAGCUCCUGGAGUGGGGAGAGGAAAGAAGCAGAACCGUGAGCAUCGGCGUCAUAGCCGGAGAGACCGGUUGAAACAGCACCGAGGAAAAAGCUCAGAUCCAGGGCCAAGCCCACUGUAUAAAAAACCCGAAAACUUUGAGGAGCAAUUUCAGAAUCUCCAAGUUGAAGGUUCUUCUGCAGGCUUGGGUCCCACCUUCCUGCUGGGCUCCACCCCGAAGCCUUCAAUCGAGGAAGCUCCAGCUCUCCACGCCACCUCUCCCCGGCCUCAGGCCCGCCUCCGGCCCGAAGGGGAUGUGAUGCCCACUCUUGACAUGGCCCUCUUUGACUGGACGGAUUACGAGGACCUCCGGCCAGAGAUGUGGCCUCUAGGCAAGAAAAAAGAGAAACGGCGCAGUAAGAACAGUAGCAACGAAACCACGCCCACAGAAGGGGACCCCUGCGACCAUCACCUCGAUUGCCUCCCAGGAUGUUGCUGUGAUUUGCGGGAGCACCUUUGCAAACCCCACAAUCGUGGCCUUAACAAUAAAUGUUACGACGACUGCAUGUGUUCAGAAGGCUUGCGCUGUUACGCCAAAUUCCACCGCAACCGCAGAGUGAUCCGGCGGAAGGGGCGCUGCGUGGAACCGGAGUCCGCGGACGGAGAUCAAGGGUCGUUUCUCAACCUCUAGAAUGAUCUCCCUGUGUGUCGUUUCCCCCCCUCCCCCAAAUGGGUCCGAGAUAUUAAUUUAUAUGUAGUAGUGAUGUGGGGGGGGGCCUGGAGGAAAGAGCCGGCUGGCCAAAUGAUUUGGAUGCAGUGUUGCAGCUACGAAGCUGGAGCGAAGAUUCUAGAUAAUGCAGGAUUUAGAAGGUCAACCCACCGAGCCUGGCCUUUUUACAGGAGGUUGAAAUGCAGGCGGGGUACCUGUGAUUCUAGUCGCUUUUGUCUUCUCCUCUUUUGUAAGGCUAAGGGAUCUUAGUUGCUCAUUCAGGAUCAAGCCAAGGAGAUCACUGGCCUUGGCAACUCGAGAAAGCCUUCCAUUUUGGCCCCUCCGAGGAUCCUCCUUCUCCUGCAAUUCCGCCGACUCUCAAAGGAGGCUGGUUACUGCCUCCCUUCGUGAGUUCCUGCGCUUGGCCUUCUGAGAACUCUCACCUUCUGAGAGCGCCUGUGUCGGAGGGCUGGGGAAAUCCUCCAAAAGUGGUCAGGGAGGGAAGAGACGCCAUCUUUACUCUCUAGUUGGAAGUAUGGGCACUCAUCCAGAGACACAACGGACACUUCUCAGCUCUCCCUUGGAAAGUCGUGGUGGCUUCCAGGAAAAGCCUGUUGCCUCAAUGCCAUGGGACACCUUGCAAACUGCUACUGGGGGCCUGAUCCAGGCCUGUGCUGCAACCCUGCACGGGGCUGGAGGAGCCGAAGGCAGGCAGAAGAAGGACUUACACCAGCCUAGAAAAGCCAGAUUCUGCCUCCAGGAUGAAUGAUGGUCAUCCUGCCAUCUUGCCAGAAUCCUGCCCCGAUGGAUGUGCCCCCAUCUGCUUCUGCCUCCUGCGGAAACCAACCAGCCAAUUUGGCCCUGUAUCUCUGACUUUGCCCAGCUCUGCCUGGUCAGGUCCAAGCGACCCCCCCCCCCCCCGGGAACCCUGAGGGCUAGAAACUUGACUCCCAGAGCAGAUGCAAAAAAAACACACACAGGUUUCGCUUGCCCACCUCCCGUGCCGACACUCAUAAACCUCACCCCUUCUUUUCUCUCCAGCCAACCAACUCAUUCGGCCAGCUUUUGGGGGUUCUUCUUAUUUAUCAUGGUUUUAGGAUGUUUCUUUACAGGGCAGGGUUAUUUUCUUGUGGGGGGGGACGGGAAAACGUUUUCGUAUAUGGUGUAAAAGGGGCGACCCCUGCUCCCCCUUAGUGACCAUGCGGCGAUGGGCUUGCAUGUCCCAAUUUUGAAGAGGUGUAAAUAAAUAAAUAAAAUAGUUAUCCUUC